AUGAAACAGCAAAAGGAUGAAAUUUUUAAAUAAAGUUCGUUAUUUGUGACUUAGUUGUGUGAGCCUUUAUCCAUUUUGGAGUAUUUGUCUGAAGAUAAUCAAGAAAUCUAGGAAAAACCUUUGAAAACGGAGAAAUUACAAAAUAUAGAAUAGCCAAAAGGGAGAUCGAAUAGAAGUUACCUUUCUUUAAAUAAAAUAGUCUACAGGUAAUCAUCCUUAGAAAAAAGAUCCAUAUGGAUCUGAUUGGGCUUAAAGAAUUUUAACCAAAUAAUUUGGAGUUCAAAUAGCCCAAGGAAGUUCAAAUCUAAGUCCAAAAUGGAUCUUAAAAAAAGUAAAACCGCUUGACUUUUCAUAGAAUGUUGCUCUGCUAGAUCCUAAAACUUUGAAAGUAUUGGCAAUUGCUAAAUUAGGAUAUCAAAACGUAAGAGAAAUUAUUUCGACAGACUGCAACUGAAAGUCAUAGAAAAAGAGUGGGCAGAGUACUUAAAUAGUAUUAGUAAUAAUUUAACGGCUAAAUUCCUAUACAACUAUAAUAAGGUUUGCAACUUGACUAAUAUAAAUUGCCUUUGAUACCAUGA